CACCAUAAUUUUCAAUGUCUACAUCUACUACUUCAUCUCCCUCCUCUCCUGACUUUUCUACACCAUCAUCUUCAAUGCCUACAUCUACCACUUCAUCUCCCUCCUCGCCUGCUUUUUCUACACCAUCAUCUUCAAUGAUUUCUUCUACAUUAGCUACUUUAACAACCUUCUCAACUUUGUCUAAAUCAUCAAGGAAUCAAACAGAGACUGCCACUGUUCUUGAAAUCGGCAUAGAAGAUCAUGAAUAUCCAGUUCCUGAUGUUUCUGAUCCAGUUAAUGCAAUUGGUUCCGAUACUGCUGGGAUAGUGGAGAAAGCUGAUGAAGCACUAGUUGAUGAAGCUGAAGCAAAUAACAAUCUGAACUCUGUAUCUGUUUCCAGUACAGCUAAGGAUGAGGAGAAGCCAUCCAACUCAUCUCCUUCCAAACCAACCCCAACCAAGUCAUCUUCUUCAAAAUACUCACCAACCAAGCAAACCUCUUCCAAACCAACCUCUACUAAGUCCUCGCCUAGCAAGCCUUCAUCAUCCAGGCCUUCCACUUCCAAACCCCCCCUUACCAAACCUACUCUGUUAAAGCCCAAUUCCACAAUUUCGAUGAUUAAGCCAAAUAAUGACUCCGAGCAGUCCCCUGAGCUGCCAGGUCCUGAUAAUAAUUACGGGUUUCCUUCAGGGUUUGGAAAGGCAGGAAAAGAUUUUCCAAUCAUUGAUCCCAACAAUAUUCCGAUAACCAGUUUCUCCUGUGAUGAUAAGGUUGUAGGAGGAUACUACGCAGAUAUUGAAACAAGAUGCCAGGUCUUUCAUAUUUGUGUAGGUUCUGUAAUGUUCUCUAAUGUUUGUCCAAAUGGAACACUGUUCCAUCAAGGAUACACUGCCUGUUCUAUCUGGUCAGGAGUUGACUGUACAGAAGAGACUGUAUCCCGAGAAGCUGAUCUAGAUGAACUGCUAGAAGCUGAAAGAACCUUUAUUACUCUAGGACUAGAGGUUGAGAAUCCCAUUAAAGAUUUACCUUGGAGAAACAGAGACAAAAUAUAGAUUUUACCAAGUUAGAACAGUUUUAGGCUUAUA